GCCAAUCUUAGACUCGAAAGACAAAAAUCUUAGACAUUAAAAACGUAUAAAAGCGAGAUGCAGCGGCGUUCGGCGUCCGUCCUGAGGUUUUGGAAUUUUGGUGUGCACAAUUUACUAAAAUGGUUGGACCAGGUUAUUUGUGCGUUUUGCUGGUGAUUGGUUUGUUCGUGAACAAUAUCAAUGCAGUUGCCCUUGAUGGAACAUGUACAGCAGACUGUGAAUGCACUGACGCCCAUACCACGUGUCAGUCCGGUACUUGUGCAUGUGCAACGGGAUACGCCAAAAUAAGCGCAGCUUGUAAAGCAAGCAUUGGGACAACAUGUACCAUAACUUCUAACUGCGAUACGACAACUGAGGCUGACACUAUCUGUGACACGACUGCUGCAAGUCCAGUGUGCAAAAUAAAAUCUGGAGGAGACUGUACGAACGUCCAGACUGGAUGUUUGUCGAAUGCAGCUUGUAAUAGCAAUAUCUGCGUAUGUACAGCGGCCACCCAUACCGAAGAGACAAGCUCAACACUGUGCAAGAAAAAACUAGGAGAAUCUUGUACAACAACAGCGGACUGUGAUGCUUCUGUUGCCAAAACUGUUUGCGACACCACGGUGGCUUUGCCUGUUUGUAAACUAGGUAGCGGUGGAGACUGUAGCGGUGCCAAUUCAGCCGAGUGUAUGUCAAAUUCAGCUUGUUCCUCAGGAGCAUGCGUUUGUGAUGCAACACAUCCUGUGGACGCAAACUUACUUUGCGUUGGGAAGGCCGAUUCUGCGUGUGUCACCGAUGCCGGCUGCGUCAGUAAUGCAGCGUGCAUAAGCAGUACAUGUUCGUGUAUGACUGGCUAUUUGGCUAAUACAGCCAAAACGUCAUGUCUUGGAGAUUAUGGGCAUACUUGCACAGCCUCUACCGAGUGUGACACUGACACGAAUACAGUUUCUAUCUGCAGUAACGCCGGAGUCUGUGCUAUAAAGGCGGGUUCGAGUUGUGCCGGGAAAACUGACAAGUGUGUGGUUUACGCCGGCUGUACUGGAGCGUCCGAUACCUGUGCAUGUGGCGAUGGAUACACAAAGGAUGGAAGCAAUGAACACUGCGAAGGAGCUGCCGGAAAAGCCUGUUCAUCGUCUGCUGACUGUGGAGCCAGUCUCUACUGUGAUCUGGCUCUUACAGUACCUGUGUGCAGAAAGGCGGUAGGUGAUUGUGGUGGUGACCAGGACAACUGUGUGACAUUUUCCUCGUGCACAGGCACAACGUGUACUUGUGCCACUGGAUACACUGAAGAUUCAACACUGAAGAUUUGCCAAGGAGCUAUCGAUAAACCCUGCAACAAUGACCAUGGCUGCAACACCGGAAGCGAUGCUGACCUGGUUUGUGACACCACAAAGACAUGCAAGAAAAAGCAAGCGGCAACAUGCACAACUACCGACCAAUGCGUGGCAAACUCGAAUUGCGAAGGCGACUGUAAAGUCUGCACAUGUACGGGUGGUGUUGUGGAUGAUAAGCUAUGUUCUGGGGCCGGAGCUGUGAUUGUUUCCUUACUCGUGCUCCUGUCUGCACUGGUUGUGGCUAAAGUUUAAGACCAUGAUAAAGAAUCUUAAUACCAACACAAGGACAGAAGAAUGUUUUAAGAAAUACAAAUAAAAACUCAUCACAAACCUUUUAAAAUAUUGAACAACUUUGCCAGUGACGGAUACCACCUGUCGGAUGUUAGUGGAUAUAAUUGUUACUUGAUGACUAAAAUGCGAUGUCGCGAUAAUAAAAUAUUCAUAUUAUCUUUCACUCAUUAUUCUGUAUUUUGGGGUACUUUUCGUUUACAUAGGUCUAGGGCCAAUUUAAACCAGCUCAUCAUUUUCCAAUUUUAUUUAUUUUACAUUGUUCAUUGUAUUUCAAGUAAGGUUUCAAAAUGUUUUUUAAACAAAAUGUAGAGAAAAAAAGUAAAGAAACGUAAAAAAGCUUACGGAAAAGCCAUUAUGUUAAAUCUAUGUAUAUAACCAUAGAAGAUGUUUGACAUUUUCCUAUCCGAAAAUUCCCCAACAUAUAGAAAUUAUGAACUCAUGUAUUAAAUUAACUAAAUACCUUUUGUUACUAACAAACAUCAUAACCAUGCAAAAAUACAACAACAUUUGAUGUACAAUUCCGUUGCAAGCUAGUAAACUGCGAACACUAAUUAAAAUGGACGUUGGUAUGCGUCCACUUAUAUUUAAACAACAACUUUGCAACCAAAAAUAUUGAUUUAUAAUUUCAAGAAAACUGUUGAUGUUUGUUUCAUUUUAUAAUUGCUAUACUGUUGAAAAUCGUAGUACCUAAAGUUUGCUGUGAUAUUAACGUUUUUAUCAAUUUUAAGUAUCAUGAUCGCGACGUUUAAAAAUCAGCAUUUACGCAUAUGUCCCGUAGAUGAGCGCUAUGUUUAUAAACAAUGCCUUUUCUAUGAAGUUGAUACUUGUGUGUAUGCUAUUUUGAACCAACAUUUCGAUUCCAUUUUUCAAAAUUAGCCUGUGACAUUUUGGUGAUACACGAGAUUUAUGUGAGGAACGGAGUCACGUGAUGAAACAUAAUGCAACUAAGCUUAACUUCUAAUUACCUCAUACGUCAUUAUGUGGUAAUAAAAUGGUAAUUUCGUCAUCGGUAACAUCAAAAGUACAGUGUAAUUUGAAACUUAUAAUUAUAUACAACGAUCAACAAUGCAAGACCUAUCAUAACCAUCAUCACAAAUGUGGCUUUGAUGAUCAUGAAACUUGCGUAUUCAACAAAAUAUCAUUUUGUCUGUUGAAAGAAAGCACUAAAAUUUUCCAAUUGUACUCAAGAAGUGGCUACGAUUAAUUUUGUUUAAUGAACUGAAGAUAAUCGCAAAAAAAUGUAAUAUCUAUUUUCUGAAUUUAAUUUAAAAAAGGCUAAUAAAUGUGGAAUUCGAAGUGUGAUGCUUUUACAUGCAUUUCAUGUUGAUGUGUUAUUAAAUUUCA